GGGCCGCCCCGCCCGGCUCCGCGGAGCGCCGCGCUUAGGUUGCGACUUCCCUUCCCUACCCUGCUCGGCUGCGUAGCGCGCUCCAGGACCAGCCUGCAGAGCUCGCGCCGCGGCAGCCCAGCCGCUCGGCCCCGCCGCGCUCGCAGAGGCCGCCAUGGGCACCGCGCGCUGGCUCGCGCUGGGCAGCCUCCUCGCCCUGGCUGGGCUGCUGGAAGGCCGGCUCGUGGGCGACGAGGAAGCCGGCUUUGGCGAAUGUGACAAGUUCUUCUACGCCGGUACCCCGCCUGCGGGGUUGGCGGCCGAUUCCCACGUGAAGAUCUGUCAGCGCGCGGAGGGCGCUGAGCGCUUCGCCACCCUCUACAGCACCCGGGACCGCAUCCCCGUGUACUCGGCGUUCCGCGCCCCGCGCCCUGCGCCCGGCGGCGCCGAGCAGCGAUGGCUGGUGGAGCCUCAGAUCGAUGACCCCAACAGCAACCUUGAUGAGGCGAUUAAUGAGGCAGAGGCCAUCACCUCUGUGAACAGCCUGGGAAGCAAGCAAGCCUUGAAUACAGAUUACCUUGAUUCUGAUUACCAAAGAGGACAGCUGUACUCGUUCUCUCUUAGCAGUGAUCUCCAGGUGGCCGCAUUUACUCUCACAAAUUCAGCCCCAAUGACUCAGUCCUUCCAGGAACGGUGGUACGUGAAUCUCCACAGCCUAAUGGACUGGGCUUUGACCCCACAGUGUGGCAGUGGGGAAGACCUAUAUAUCCUCACAGGCACAGUGCCCUCAGACUACAGAGUUAAAGACAAAGUGGCAGUCCCUGAAUUUGUUUGGCUGGCGGCCUGUUGUGCUGUCCCUGGAGGAGGCUGGGCCAUGGGCUUUGUCAAGCACACCCGGGACAGUGACAUCAUAGAAGAUGUGAUGGUAAAAGAUCUUCAGAAACUGCUUCCAUUUAACCCUCAGCUAUUUCAGAACAACUGUGGUGAAACUGAGCAAGACACAGAGAAAAUGAAAAAAAUCCUGGAAGUGGUUAACCAAAUCCAGGAUGAAGAACGAAUGGUGCAAUCUCAAAAGAGUUCUAGUCUCCUUUCUAGCACCAGGAGCAAGAGGUCUGCUCCGUUGCCUCCAGAGGCAUCUGAGGGAAGUAGUAGCUUUUUGGGAAAACUCAUGGGCUUCAUUGCUACCCCAUUCAUCAAGCUUUUUCAAUUAAUUUAUUACCUUGUGGUAGCGAUCCUGAAGAACAUUGUCUAUCUCCUGUGGUGUGUUACCAAGCAGGUGAUUAAUGGCAUAGAAAGUUGCCUUUACCGCCUGGGCUCAGCCACCAUCUCAUACUUCAUGGCCAUUGGGGAAGAGUUGGUGAGCAUUCCCUGGAAGGUGCUCAAGGUCGUGGCCAAAGUCAUCAGGGCUAUCCUCCGGAUCCUUUGUUGUCUGCUGAAGGCCAUUUGCCGAGUUCUGAGCAUCCCUGUCCGUGUCCUUGUGGAUGUGGCCACUUUCCCUAUGUACACCAUGGGCGCUAUUCCAAUUGUUUGCAAGGACAUUGCACUGGGCCUUGGUGGCACCGUCUCGCUGCUCUUUGACACUGCUUUUGGUACCCUGGGUGGCCUAUUUCAGGUUGUUUUUAGUGUCUGCAAGCGGAUUGGCUACAAAGUUACUUUUGACAGUUCUGGGGAGUUAUAAACUCAAAAAACUAAUAGUAUCCAGUCACAGUGAAUUUGAAAGCUGGAAUAUUUUGUCUUUACAAUGGGUUUCUGUUCACUGUCAGUUAUCAUUAUAUUUUGGCCUUUGGUGGGGAUGUCUGCUUGUUUUUGCAAAAGAAGAUGGCAGAAUUUAGACUUGACAGAGGAGAAAUGCUCAGGGUGAGAUUAGGUGUAGUAAUCUGCUGUUUACCUCCAGUGACAUGUGCAAACUCCCAAGCCACUAAUAACUUCAGUUAUGCACUCUAACACAGACGACCACCUGAAACGCACUGGUAUUUAUUUCUGAUAAUUAAAAAUUACAGGGGAGGGAAGAAUUAGAAAAAGAACAACUUUAAACCAAAGUUGUCUGAGAAAAGGAGAAAGAGAGCUUGUUCUUCGCAUUGCUCUUUGUGAUUUAAGGCAAAACAGAUUAAAAAAAAAUCUGCAGCCAAUUUCUUGGCAUUUGCUUCUCUUUCUCCUCAACUUGACUGACCUUGGUGGAAUGCAGAUAAUGCCUCUUCCUCUUCGUUGAAAUAACUUUGUGGGGAUGUAGAAUUUUCUAUAUCUCUUAGCUUUCCCUGGUUCUCAAGGAUAUGUACAGUUUUCAUUUUCCUCCAAAGUUGAAGUUUGCUACAUUUUUCUUUUAGGUAAUGAUAAGCAUUUUUUAAAAAAUAAUUUUUAGGUAAUGGUAAGCAUUUUAUGCCAAAUGUGGCAUAACAGAGUUUGAAUUGAAGGGCAAAGUUUUCAAAGUUUUUUUUUUUUUUUUUUUUUUUUGGCCCCUUGAAUGGUAUAAUACAGUCCUCUCAGGUGAAAAGAAGAGAAGAGAAGGUGGACAGCCCUGCUCUUAGGUGCUGCAGAUCCAGGGACAUCUUUUGUCCAGCUUGGAUUAACUUGAUGUGUAUCCCUGCCUGACAAGGUUGAACUGAAAGAUCUAUAUGUUAAGCUAACAUGAAAAUUCAUAUUCUGCAACAUAGUAGAUUUUUCUAAUGCAACGAGUAAGUACCUAGCACGUAAAAAUACUCUGACUUAUGUCCCUAAAUGGUUGUUUUGAUACAACUGUAUAGAAAAGAGCCACAAAAUAAAGAUAAAAGUUAUUCUGGCCAUCUCUGAAAAAAAUAUAUUAAAUAUUUAAGAAUAAUUGUAUCUUAGGAAUUUAUUUUUAUAGUGUGUUUGAGGCUACAACUCCCCCAUUAAUACAAGUUAAAUGUGAAAGCUCAUUCUCAAAAUUUUUUUGAUCAAGCACUUGUCAUUUUAAAUCUUGCACUAAAAAAUGGUAACAAGAGGGACCAAACUUUGCUUCCCACAAUUGGGAUGGAAUCAUCUGGAUUUUUCUGAAUGUUUUAAAGAAUUGCUGAGAGGUAGGAAACAGCCAAGUAUGAAAUACUGAUCUUGGGGCUCAUGCCCAGGAUCAAUCAGAAAGUUAUAUGCAAAAAUUCAGGGUCCCAACAAGGAGAGAACAAUAUGUCAACCAUUUGCAUGGGGUCGAUGGAUGAGAAACAUGAGCAUAGCAAGAGUUACAUUUUGCAGAAAAAUAGCAGAGGCACACCCAGAAUAGAACAGCAGCCAGCAAGCUGCCAUCCUGAUCAAUUUGUGAUGCAAGUUUAGGGAGUAUGGGCACCACAUGGGUCCACGCUAGGGAGAUGUGCACCAGGCUUAUCUAAGAAACUUAAAGCAGUAUUUUACCAACUCUUAUCUUAAGGAGCAUAAAGUUUGGAUGUCCCUUUAUUUCAGCAGUGUGAAGGUAAAUGGAAGGGUGAGGGUUUGACUUGGUACUGAUUGGUCAAGAAUCCUGCUGGAUAAAGAAAAGGAAUUUUAGAAGUGACCAGAGGGACAGUCCAGCCAAACAAUUAUUUAAUAAGGAACCCAAGGCCCAGGGAGGCAACAGGCUAGCCCUUAGUUUCAUGGCUAGCUGAGAGCAGAUUAGGAGCCAACAUUGUUUGCACAUGUCCCAUCACACCUGAGAUGUCAGACAUGGGUAGUUCGUGCUAUUAUUCAGGUGCCUCUCUGGACCGUGGCAAGAUUUCCUCAUUCAUCAAACAGACUCCAGGCCCUGACUAAUCAGUUGGAUUUGGCAUGUGUGAUGAAAACAAUUAGCCGUCCACGUACAACAUUAUGCUUACUGCAUCCCAUGGAAACUUAAUUCCCUCCUAGCACAUAUUUGCAUACUGAAAGGCCCGAAAAGGGCAUCCAUGGCAGUUUGAGCCCCUUAGCACCAUGUAAGGAGCACAGCAUCCAAACGGCUUCUUGAGAACCAUUUGGGAAUGUCUUCUUUUUCACAUCCAGUUGUUUAGUGUCUAUUUAUUCUUGCGUGGCCUGUUUUGAAAUCUAAAAAGGGACAAUAAAGCAAAAAGUAUCUGUAAGGUUAGGUGGCUGAGACCCACUGCCCUGAGCUACUAGUGUGGCUGUGCCUGUGGGUCUCUGGAACCAUCUGCACUGGACCUGAAGCCGCAGCAGGUGGCUGGACUGCUGGCCUGUCCCUAAUGAGCUACGCUGGGCUUUGAGGUAGAGGUUGGGAUUGAUAAACCCCAACUCUGGCUUAAAGAUCUUGCUGUGGCUCUGUUAUGUUCUGAGGCCUUGGGAUCAGCCUCUUCCUCAUUAUGGAGCUGAUUUUCUAGUCUAUAGAUCAGCUAUGCCUUUGGACACUUCUCUUUUCCAUUGUGCCUUUUGAAUGUUGUCUUCUCACUCAGCAUCAGCACUUUGACCUAAAUGCAGACUAGGGAGUUGGGAGAAGGAACCAAAGUGAAGCAUCCUUCAUUUAUUCAGUCAUUCGUUCAUCUGUCAAACACGUAUUUGGACAUCAAGGUUGCAGAGAUGAACAAUGCAUGGAUUUCAUCUUUGAGGAGUUCAAAACCUAGUGGAGAGAACACAUGGUACAAUCGUAACACGUGAAGGACAAGUAAGUGCUGCAGUAAAGAUACUAAUAACAUGUUCCUUGGAACAGAGGAAGAAAAACCACGGAACCAUGGAAAUUAGGGAAGCCUUUACAGAGGGUGUGACAAAACUCAAUUUGACAUUUUCAAGCUAUGUACAAUGCUGUGCACCUUGCAGAUGCUCAAUAAAGUAAUUAUUGACAACUCAUUAGCAGGUCUGUAAAAUAUCUAAAAGGGGAGAAUCCUAAUGGUUGAAAUGAGGCUUGGGGACUGUGAAUUGUUGCCAUUUUCUUCUUGAUCCACAUUAAUUCAAGCAGCUUCCAGUCAUAUCUGGCUUUUGUUCAUUUCUUUAAAUGUUUGCAUCAUACAUGAGAAAACAGAGAGGUCUGGAUCAGUGAAACAGGACUUAGAAUUAUUUUUCAAUGUUAUUGCUCUGCAAAGUAUUCGGGACAAUAAGUGUUUUUGAUAUCCUUCAUAAUUAAGCACCAAAGACUUACUGCUUCACUGAAUCUGAAUCACAUAGAAAAUUAUAGAAAUAAUUUUAUUUGUUUGUUUAUUCAUUAGGAAGCUCCCACAGUGAGAGAAAUUACGGGCAGUCUCUGACGGGGGUGGUCCUCUCUGUGGCCUUUAGUAGGGUGAUCCUCUCGGGUGGAGGUGGCAGUAAUUCUUGGCUGCCUUCCCAGUGUGGGUAGCAUCUUGCCUAAGCUCACCACAGAAUACGUGUUUUUCCAAAUGUUGUACUACAAGCCAUAUAGUGUGGACUGCUUGCCUUUCAUUAAUGGGUUCUCAGUCUUCCCAUUGUCUCUCUCUGUAGGUAUUUUCCCCCAGGUCAUGGAUUGAUGUCUAACUCCAAAUCAAUUUUUAAGCUUAAAUUUCAACAAAGAAAGUGCUUAUAACCACUUGUCAUCCUCAGUUAUCCAUGGUGAGGAGGUGGAUGUAAGAUGACUUCUGGAGGCCCAAGCUCUAGGGUCAAAAUGAUGUAGGCACAAAUCCUGGCUUCCCCACUUGUUGUGUGAUCUUCGGCAAGUUACUCACCUCGGCUUUCUCAUCUAUACAAUUACAAGUACCUAUCUCAGAGGGUUGCUAUGAGCAUUAAAUGAGUUAAUGAACAUAAAGCAUUCAUCACUUACCAUGCUUGGCACAUGGUAAGUGCUCAGCAAAUGUUAAUUGUUGUUGCUAGAUCUGUUGUGGGCAAUGAUAUUUACACUUCUUGGACAAAAUUGGUUUGAUGGUGCCUUAGAGGUCAGGAUGUUUCUAGAUCAGCGCUGGAAGAACCAGGAUCAAAGUGUGGUCUGGAAGUCAAAGUCAUGAAUGAAAAUGAAGCAAGCCAGAACCUCAUCAGUGGUGUCCAUGAAUCUGAAGGUGCAGAUGAGGGUUGGACUUGGAGUCUCAAAAGAGAAGGGUCAGAAAACUGAAACUCAACAUGUGGCCAGCACUAUUCAGUUUUAUUUCAUAAUCAAGCCUCCAAAAUCCAAACACAUUGUCAGCAUCUGCUUUGAAGGUAAGCAUUGCAGGUAGGAUGAGGCAACCCAAAGAUGGCACUGAGAAAGAGGCAGAGCCUCUUGGACACUGUGCCUGGUGAGUGUGGGUUGGUGAGGGAAAGGCAGGUGAUCAUUCUGAUACAGGGCCUUGGGGUUAACUAGUUGUAGUUGUCCUAUGACACUUUUGGGAAAGUCUUCAAACCUUUGUGAGAUUUAAUUCCUUAUUUAUAAAAUGUGGGUAAUAAAAAUAUCACCCCACAGGGUUUUUGUAAAGAUCAAGGGAAACUAGCUUUGUAAACUAUCAACUAUCAUAAAAAUAUAAAGAUUCAUAAUUAUAAGUUUCCAACGUUGGUCCUAUUUCUUAAAAAAUUGGUGCAUACUUCCAUUUUUUUAAAGGUAAGUAGAUGUGAUUGAAAAUUAAAGUGCUUAUUCAGAAAGCAUAAAUGGCUUAGCCAGAAAUUGGGUUUGACAGUAAAUGUUGAACAUUAUGCCUUGGGAACUUAAGAUUCUCAGAAUGCUGCCUCAUCCAGCCUUAAGUCCUACUUUCUUAAAACCUAAUCAAUCCCAUUUUCAGUAGAUUCCUCCACACACCUCAUGUCCAUUUGCUAUCUGGGUCGGCUGAAUCAUUGAAAUGAGUAAUAGGCACUGAAAUGAAAGACACCGUAUGAAUCUUGUAAAACCUGAAAAGAAACAAGUGCGAGACAGUGAACAGUCCUGGUGAGUCUGAGAACUGGCAGAAGCUGCCUAAACCGCCUCUGGCAGCCUGCACACUCAAGGCCAGCCCAGGCCUGCCACUGACAUCUGUCCCUGAGAACAUCAGACAGCAGCUUCUGGGCUUUAUUUAGGCUGCACCAAGUGUGUGUUUCUCCAGCAUUCAUGCUGAUUUGGCAUAUCCAGAUGUAUUCUGUUUACUGCGUCUAGAAGGAAACUUCUAGGGGAAUAGAAGUCUCAGAAGUGAGGACGUGGCAGGCUUGUGUAAAGAGGAGAGUGCACCUGGAACACAGGAGCCCUGAGUUUCCCUCCUCUGAGUUACUGUACAUUUUCUGGAUGUCAUUGCUGGUAUAUUUGCAAAACGAGAGGGACCAUCUCUAGGGUCUUCUCAAAUUGCAGGCAAUAAAUCCUUGCUUUUCAACAAGUACUUUCAUAUAUUUGGGUCACAGAGAUUCUGAUUGCAUUCUCUCAACUUAUCUCUCCUAUCUGAGGGUUACCAAAAGUCAGAGAAAUUCCCUGCGACAUUAUCAGGAAGGUCAGGGACUGAUUCAUCCUGAAAACACCAUUUUUAUUAUUAUCAUCAGCAUUUCUUCUCCCCAGACUUAGAGAAUUAAUUAGCAGGGUUGCCAUUAUGGUGGUGGCCAACCUAAGAGUAAGAAAUGUUAGUAAUGCUCCUGGCUUCUAUUUAACUCCCUCAGUAGCCUCAAGUGUUGCCAGAAAUCUCACCACUUGGCACGCUUCCUGUAGGCUAGGAAAAUGCAAAUAAUCUGAAAGAAGUUAACACAUUGUGUCAAUGCUAGCAACUUAGGGUAAAUGAUUUUAUGAAAUCCUUCCUACUAGCUGGGAACAAUUCUACAUGCAAGUAAUCGUUUUUUUUUUUGAGACAGAGUCUCGCUGUGUCGCCCAGGCUGGAGUACAGUGGCGCGAUCUCGGCUCACUGCAAGCUCUGCCUCCCAGGUUCACGCCAUUCUCCUGCCUCAGCCUCCCGAGUUGCUGGGACUACAGGCACCGGCCACCACGCCUGGCUAAUUUUUUGUAUUUUUAGUAGAGAUGGGGUUUCACCAUGUUAGCGAGGAUGGUCUCGAUCUCCUGACCUCGUGAUCCGCCCGCCUCGGCCUCCCACAGUGCUGGGAUUACAGGUGUGAGCCACCGCGCCCGGCCACAAGUAAUUGUUUUGAUUGGUAAGAGGUAUGGUGGGAACACCAUACUGAGAGUCAGGAGGUGCCUGUCUUAGACCAGCAUCCUGUGGAACUGGAGCCUUACCCCAAGUGAGCCCUUUAUUGUAAGGGCUGGAAACAAAGUAAAGGACCCUGUAAGAUCUUAGAAAUCAGGCCACAGAAUUUCUCUCUAAAUGUCUAAUAUUCGAUCAGUCCAUAAUGGAUCAAAGUAGAAAUGCACACCUGAAAGAAAUAACAAGCGUGUUGGGCCUAUUGCACUCAUAACCAGUGGUGUGCUGGGAAAUGUUGAACCACCAGCUUUCUGUGUUUGCGGGGAGAGCACCCUGAUUUGUAAUGUUUGCCAGUUUCUGUGGUGUCAAUAUUUCCAUCACAGCUGAUGUCAAGCUGCCAAUGUGACAUCACUGAAAGCAGCAUUGGGAAGAGAUGUACACAGCCUGUGCUCCUGAGCUGGUGCAAGUCACUGGGAACUGGCUCCCCCAUACCACUACUUCAUCAUCCAAUUGAGUGCAUAAGAUACACAGAAGGAACAUUUCCAGCAGAAAAGAGUUGAACAGCUAUAGUAUGGCAGAGGAAGGAAAAUCACUGAAACAAAUACUGACCAUGCCCUUUUGAGUACUAUCCAGGAGAGAGGAAGGCUUGACAAUCUGAACUUUAAGUAUUUCGAAAUCCAAAGGCUACAUCCCCAGCCCUGUAAAAUAAAUUCAUAAGGUUAUUUUAGCUCAGUGCCAUUAAACAAUAACUUAUCUAAUGCCUUAUUUUCCAUUCUUUUCCAGUCAAACAAGCUUCUGCUCAUGGCCUGGCUUUCUUUUUUUCUUUCUUUUUUUUGUUUUAUUAUACUUUAAGUUCUAGGGUACAUGUGCACAAUGUGCAGGUUUGAUACAUAGGUAUACAUGUGUCAUGUUGGUUUGCUGCACCCAUCAACUCAUCAUUUACAUUAGGUAUUUCUCCUAAUGCUAUCCCUCCCCCAGCCCCCACCCCCACAACAGGCCCCAGGGUGUGAUGUUCCCCGCCCUGUAUCCAAGUGUUCUCAUUGUUCAGUUCCAACCUAUGAGUGAGAACAUGUGGUGUUUGGUUUUCUGUCCUUGUGAUAGUUUGCUGAGAAUGAUGGUUUCCAGCUUCAUCCAUGCCCCUGCAAAGGAUGCGAACUCAUCCUUUUUUAUGGCUGCAUAGUAUUCCAUGGUGUAUAUGUGCCACAUUUUCUUAAUCCAGUCUAUCAUUGUUGGACAUUUGGGUUGGUUCCAAGUCUUUGCUAUUGUGACUAGUGCUCAUGACCUGGCUUUCUAUGUUGGUUUGCCUCUAUGGUCCAAGUACACUGAACAUACAGAUUUCAAACUCUCUUGGCAAUGCUAUACUAAAGCAACUUGAACAAGUGGUUUCUGAUUAUGUUUUGGCUUCCUGUGUAACUUAAGCACAUAAUGUACAUAAGAUGAUAAUGGGAGUGCUGUAGUCUAUAUAUCAGCUCUAUUUUUAAUGUAAAUUAAUAAAAUGUCAUUGUAGUGUU